CUGUCGAUGGUGUGGGAAGUCCCGGAAGCAUAGCCGGGACUGUUGGCGAUGAUGGCGGAGAGUCCGGCUGCUGAAGAGGUUGUAGCUUCGGCCGCGGUACUGGCGACCCCGACAGGCGGAGGGUCGGGAGCCGGUGGCGGUGGCGGAGGCACCGGCGUCUUCCUACCAGCCGAGCUCUGGGCGGUAGCGGGGUUGGGUUCGGCAGGAGGAGGAGGAGGAGGAGGAGGAUCUGGAGCGGGAUCCGGAGUCGGUUCUGCAGGAGCCCCAGUGCCUGGGAUUCCCCCUGCCGCCGCCGCUGCCGCCGCCGCCGCCGGAGUGCUCCUUUCCCAUUCGGCCUUUUGGGACCCCACGACUAGUGGUGAUUGGGACGGAGAGAGACCGAGCGCUGCCUGCCUGCUCCGCAUCAAACGGGAUAUCAUGUCAAUUUAUAAAGAACCACCUCCUGGAAUGUUUGUCGUACCUGACCCCCAUGAUAUGACCAAGAUUCAUGCGUUGAUCACAGGCCCCUUUGACACGCCUUACGAAGGGGGUUUCUUCUUGUUCCUGUUUCGCUGUCCUCCAGAUUAUCCUAUCCAUCCGCCACGGGUCAAACUGAUGACAACUGGGAAUAAUACAGUGAGGUUUAACCCUAACUUCUACCGAAAUGGGAAGGUCUGCCUCAGUAUUCUAGGCACAUGGACUGGUCCAGCCUGGAGUCCUGCACAGAGCAUUUCUUCGGUACUUAUAUCUAUACAGUCUUUAAUGACUGAGAAUCCCUAUCACAAUGAACCUGGCUUUGAACAGGAAAGGCAUCCAGGAGACAGUAAAAAUUACAAUGAGUGCAUUCGACAUGAAACUAUCCGCAUCGCUGUAUGUGACAUGCUGGAAGGGAAAUGCCCUUGUCCAGAACCUUUACGUGGAGUUAUGGAGAAGUCCUUCAUGGAAUAUUAUGAUUUUUAUGAGGGGGUAUGCAAAGAGAGGCUUCACCUCCAAGGACAGUCCAUACAGGAUCCCUUUGGAGAGAAGCGAGGACACUUUGACUACCAGUCCCUUUUAGUACGUUUGCAAGGAAUCCGCCUGAAGGUUCAGGAGAAGCACCAGCAGGAGAAUCCAGACAUAGACUCAGAAAGCAGCUCUUCCGAAACAGAAACAGACACUCAGGGGAGCAUUAAGAUUUAGAUGCCUCCCACCUGAUUACUUGGGAAUCCAAAACGUGAGGGUGGGAUCUUCCAACUCCAGGUGCUGUGGAGGACCCCCGAAAGACCUAAGAACUGUUUAGGUUCCAGAGUGAGCACACAAGUGGAAAAACAGCCUUUUGUUAUCUCCAUCAAGCGCUCUGGUACAUCCUGUUAAAAGAGCUAAAACCGAACUGGGCUUGUGAGAGGCUGAAUUUUAGAAAUGACCCUUCCCUCUGCUGGAGACCUCUGAGUGAAUGACAUGCAAAAAAAAAAAAAAAAAAAAAAAGCAUUUUGGAAAAACCUGUAGGCAGGUUUAUGUCUCCCUUUCCGCCAAUUCUCAAAGAGCAUGAGAUAAAGCAUGGCUCCUUGUUCCAUUGUCCUUGUUUCAUAAAUGUACUGCAUAUUCCUAGCACUUCCCUCCCAGCUUGUUUCUACACCUUGAUGGGCUCCCAGUAAUUGAGUCUGUUAAAGCACUUUUUGACUAUUUGUACAUCACAUCCUAUUUCUUCAGAUCUGGUGCACUGUAGCUUCCCAAUUGGUUUGAUGCUGCCUGUCUUAAAGACAGACCAAAGAGGAAGAAUUUCUGCUGAAACUGGGCUUCGUGUUUUGUUUUGUUUUGAAGUUUCCCCAGCUUUAUUAAAUUCUUGUUUUCCUGACUUUCACCCAAAGUCCAGACAGGAAAGGAGUAAAACGCAACCCAGGAAAAGAAUAAAAAUUCAUGUUUUAAGCCUACUGUACAAAUCUUCAGGUUUCCAAAGCAAACUUUACUUUACCUCAUUUUACUGACCAUUUUUGAUGGCCCUAAGGGAGAAAAAAAUUCUCCUUUGGCGAGAUGGAUAUAAUUUUGGAGAUGCAUUAUAUAUAGUGUGGGAGAAGUAAUGAUUGCAGAACUGAAGUACAAAUAAAUGCAGUAGCACCAGCAAAUUAGCAUGUUUAUCUGAAGUAGCUUUAGCUUCCAUGCUUUAUUUUUGGGAGGCAGGGAGAACAUACCUAGGAGUUUUGUGACAGAGAAAGAAGAAAUACAGUCAAUGUCUUUUAGACUAUUAAGCUUGGGGAAUAAAUUGUUGAAACUAUCCAGUCAAAGGAUCAGGUCUUAUUUUAAUAAGAAUUUAUUGAACCUGAAAUAUGGAGUUGCACGGUAGCGGAUGAGUUUUUCUAUAAAAUCUAUCUAUACAGAAUGGAGACUGCAUCUACGAUAUAGAAAAGAUUGCAUCUACAAUAUAGAAAAGAUUCCAGAUUUCUGAAGAUUUUUAAAAAUCUUUCUAGAGAAAAUCCAGAAGAUUUAGCACUUUUAGAACUGACUCCAAGUCUUUAGAAAAUUGGAGGAAUUGAUGUUAAUUAUUGAUGCACAUUGAUCUGAAGCAGGAGCCAUUCUAUAGGAAAGACUGCAUUCAGCCAUCAGCCUAGUAAUGUACAGGGUACCAUGCUUGUACCUGCCAUCCAUCUCACCUCUCCCUUUAAACAUCCUGUACAUUCAUAGACAGUAUCCUUCCAGCUGUUCUUGUACGUGGCAUUUUGCUCAAAAUACCAUGCAGUUUUGGGUAUUGGAAAAAUCAAUUACACCUAAGAACAAAGUAGAAUUCUUUCUCUCUCUUUCCUCUCCCCCAAAAGAGUCUGUCCAAGGGAUAUGAAUAGCUGGUGGUAUCUGGAAAAAAACAUUGCAAUACAAGUUUACAUGUAGAUGCCUUGUAAAAGGGAAGGCCUCAAGAGGCAUAUUUUAUCAUGUUCAUUUUAAUCUCUUUAGAAUCCAACAAAAGUCAGAUUUACUUAUUCUCUUCUCACUUCCCUCAAAAUCAAAGGGAUGUAAUUUUUAAGUCCUGCUGGAAUCAGUGAGACUUAGGCCUUAUGCACUCUGUGCCAACUGAAUAAAUUUGGCUAUUCACUAGGGCUAGAAGUGCUUCUGGAUUAGAGCACUAUGAUUUCAAGGCAUCUUAACUCCAGAUGCAUGUUGGCUGUUGGAAGUAUUGCAUAUAUUUCUUUAAAACAAAACAUGAAAAAUGCCUUAUGUGAUUUUUUUUUUUUUUUUUUUGUGGCUCGCAUGUGGGUGUAAGAAAAAAAGGAAUCCGAUUUUGUAGCUGCCCAUAAUUAUCUGUCUUCUGAACGUUUCCAUUUUAAGAAGUGACAAUCCUAGAUGACUGAUCUAGACAAAUGUUAGUGACAUAAUUUUAGAUCUAACAAGCUUAAGAAAAAAAAACAUGCACAAGGGUCUUCAAAUAAAGAAACCUUGUUUAUA